AGGUUAUAUUCUGAAUGGUGCUUGAAUGGCAGCUCUUUUCAAAUUAUACCUAUUUAUCUGGACCAUGCUGUCAUAUAAUUGGGUGGAUAGAAAUCUUUACUCAGUGGCCUACAACAGGAAUGCUGAAAGCAUCGAUUCUGAUGAAUUGGAGGACUAUCUUUAUAGUCGAUGGCAUAAGAAAGUUCCAAAGCCAAUUCUGAAAAGGACCUCAGGCAUUGUUAUUAAAAGAGAUCAGACUGCAUGGAGAAACAUGCCCAACAGAAAACAUACGCCUUGGGUAUUGUUAAAAAGUGACAUGAUUAGACACAAUGGUGAUGACGAUGAUGAUAAUUAUAUGCUAGGUGGUUCAAGUGACACUGAUGAAGAUGAUGUGUCAGGGGAAGAGGAGGAGGAAGAAGAAGAGUCGAUGUAUGACGUUAACAACCAUUAUAAUGGUGAUGAUGUACAAAGCUAUUAUCUUCUGCGUGAAAAGAUCUAUAAAGACAUUGAUAAACUAGCUCACAAAUGUUCAUUGCCAUUGAAUACUAGGUGUCUUUCGACUGUGUUUUACCAUGUUUUCAAAAACCUCAUGAAGCACAAGAAGAAUAAGGAAAAUGCUAUGUUGAAAAGUAAGGAACAGAAUGUGUUUAUGCAUCAAAAUCCCUCCCCUUCAAAAUCUUUGCACCAACUUCUAGAAGAUAUUUUUUUAAAGAAAUACGGUUUUCUUCCCCAUUCAACGAGUGAACAUUCGUCAGGAGCUCAAAAUCAAAACUCUUCUGAAGAAGACAGAAAUAAACUCUUGCUGAAGCUUAUUUCUCUAAUCGAUGAAAAUAACACGGACACCUCUAAAAACCUCUCGACCAAUCUGAAUGCUGAUGACCAUAAUAAGCAAACAGGGGACAAAAAGACAACUGGAGAGGCUAUGCAAUCACUUGUCGCAUCCUCUUCUGAAGCUUCAAUGAAAGAACCUCAAAGUGAAACUCACAAAUCAAUGCAGAGCAAAUGGAAAAAGGUUAAACCUGGUUCACGUUCUGAAUGGAAACGUCCUGAGAUUAAAAUUUCAUUCAAUGGGAAUGAACUAAAUAUGAGUAAAAAUACAUAUUUGGGCCUUGAAUAUUUCUACAAACUCAUUGGUAUACUGAACGAUCUCAAAAUCAAUUUUACAUAUUCUCCUGAAAAAAAAGCUAUAUUUGUAAAUCCUCAAAGCUUACUUGCAGCCGAAAUGCAGAGGAAAUUUUUGAAUAUUAAGAAUGUAGGUUGGCAAAAAAGAAAACCGUUUAAAGUUCAAAUUGAUUUCCAUAAGAACACCGCCAACAACUCACGAAUAAUUUUAAAGACGAGUAAAAAUACCAAAAAUGACAGCGAUAGUUCUGAAAUAAAAAUUGAAUUUCUUCAGCCUGUGAAGAAUGUCACUGCUAAACCAACAGCAGUUAAUGAUCAAAGCGAAACUUCGUUUACUCCACAGCCCAAUACGAUGACAACUACAACAACAACACAACCACCCCCACCACCGUCACCAACACCACCAAUUACACAACCACCACCGCCACCACCAACAACAGCACAACCACCCCCAUCAUCACCACCACUACCACCACCAACAACAACAAACCAUUCACCAAUGGACGUGAACAUUAAUAUCAAUGUAAACGACAAAUAUAUAAACAAUUCACUAACAGCAGGCAGAAAGAAAGAGAUCAACAUAACUCAUACACACACACAUCCAAACAAUGCAUAUGGAGCUAAACGUCCCACAGCACCAUCAGUGACCCACGUCGGUGAAUGGACUGUCUGGUACAAGUGGUCUCCAUGUUCAACAUCCUGUGGAAUUGGUCACAGGAAGAGGCAUCGUAUGUGUCUACCACCAGGCUUCUAUUGCCCCGGCAACCAUUCAGAGAAGGCAUCCUGCUUGAAGAGACACUGUAACUUAGGAACAGCAGCUCUGCCUUCAGGGCAUUUGACAGCAUGGAACACAUGGUCCACAUGUUCCGUCACAUGUGGCAUGGGCCAGAGGCACAGACAACGGCUGUGUUUACCGAUAGGUUCUCGUUGUGAAGGCAGCAUGACACAACAGAUCGUCUGCAGAGCAAUGAGCUGUAGUGUUGUAACUACAACCGAAUUACCAACAACAACUACGGCAGCGAGAACAACGAAGAAUGUGGCUUCUGUCAAAAUAAUUGUUCCAACAGGACACUGGACCAUAUGGCAAGGAUGGUCACAGUGUUCCAGCUCCUGCGGGCUCGGGAUCAGAAAGCGCACGCGUGUAUGUUUGCCUUAUGGUUUUCACUGCGAGGGGGACCUGCUUGAAAUGGCUUCAUGCAUGUUACUGACAUGUGAUUCAGUGAAAAGAAUAACAGCAAAAGUGAUCACGAUAACAACAAAACAAACAAAAGCAACAAAUCCGAUAACAACAACAGCAGCAAAACCGACCACAACAACAACAACAGCAAACCCAACAAUAAAAAUAAAAAUAAAAAGUUUACCCACAAGACCACCACCAAAAACAACUACAAAAGCAACAACAGUGUUUUCAUUUGGAAAAUGGAAGGCAUGGCAUGACUGGUCAGCAUGUUCAGUCUCAUGCGGUUAUGGUAUCCAGCGAAGGGAGCGUGUUUGUUUAAAUUCACACUGCAUUGGUUUUUCUACAGAAACUGUGCAAUGCAUGGAACGACACUGUGAUUCAGAGUGGACUCCGUGGAAUGAAUGGUCAGUUUGCUCAGUGACAUGUGGUAAUGGUCAUCGCAGCAGAAAUCGCGUCUGUUUGCUGAAUAGCUCUUCGUGUAUUGGUGUUGUCAAAGAGGUCGGACCCUGUGUCCUGUCUCUCUGUGUCCAUGCAUUGACCCUCAAAACUAAUGGCCAUUGGACAUCAUGGAGUGAUUGGUCACGCUGCUCGAAAGCAUGCAACAAAGGCCACCGAAGAAGAUUUCGCAGCUGCUCGCCUAAAGGUGCUGAAUGCAAGGGAUUUAAUAUUAGUACGAAAGACUGCUUCAUUAGACGUUGUCACAAAGUAUUGCCUAUCAAAACCUCUGGCAGCUGGAUGUCAUGGAGUGAAUGGUCACACUGCUCAACUUCAUGCAGCAUAGGCGUUCGAAAGAGAUUUCACAGAUGCUUACCAAAGGGCAGGGAAUGCCAUGGAAAGACAACUGACGUAAAAGAUUGCAUUGAAAGGCAUUGCAUCACAGCAUUACCCAACAAGACCCAUAGCAGUUGGACAUCAUGGAGUGAAUGGUCUCAUUGCUCAACUACAUGUGACUCAGGCCGCCGAGAGAGAUUUCGCAGUUGUUUACCAAAGGGCAGUAAAUGCCAGGGAGGUGAGAAUGAAGAGGAAGAAUGCAUGCAUGAACGUUGUCACACAGAAUUGCAGAACAAAGCCAACAGCAGCUGGACAUCAUGGAGCGAAUGGUCACAUUGUUCAUCAACAUGUGACUCAGGCCAACGAAAGAGAUUUCGCAGCUGCUUACCAAAGGGUAGUGAAUGCGAGGGAAACAUUACUGAAGACGAAGAAUGCAUGCACAUAUCUUGUCAAGCAGGAUUAUCAAACAAGACUCACAGCAGCUGGACAUCAUGGAGUGAAUGGUCACAUUGUUCAUCUACAUGUGACUCAGGCCAACGGAAGAGAUUUCGCAGCUGCUUACCAAAGGGUAGUGAAUGCGAAGGAAACAUUACUGAAGACGAAGAAUGCAUGCACAAACCUUGUCAAAUAGAAUUACUCAACAAGACCCAUACCAGCUGGACAUCAUGGAGUGAAUGGUCCAGUUGCUCAUCUACAUGUGACUCAGGCCGCCGAAGGAGAUUUCGCAGCUGCUUACCAAAGGGCAGUGAAUGCCGUGGAAAUAUUACUGAAGAAGAUGAAUGCAUGCACAAACCUUGUCACUCAAAUUUACUUAACAAGACCCAUACCAGCUGGACAUCAUGGAGUGAAUGGUCCAGUUGCUCAACUACAUGUGACUCUGGCCGCCGAAGGAGAUUUCGCAGCUGCUUACCAAAGGGCAGUGAAUGCCGUGGAAAUAUUACUGAAGAAGAUGAAUGCAUGCACAAACCUUGUCACUCAAAUUUACUUAACAAGACCCAUACCAGCUGGACAUCAUGGAGUGAAUGGUCCAGUUGUUCAACUACAUGUGACUCAGGCCGCCGAAGGAGAUUUCGCAGCUGCUUACCAAAGGGCAGUGAAUGCCAUGGAAAUAUUACUGAAGAGCGAAAAUGCAUGCACAAACCUUGUCACUCAAAAUUACCCAACAAGACCCGUAACAGUUGGACAUCAUGGAGUGAAUGGUCCAGUUGCUCAACUACAUGUGACUCAGGCCAACGAAGGAGAUUUCGCAGCUGCUUACCAAAGGGCAGUAAAUGCCGUGGAAAUAUUACUGAAGAGGAUAAAUGCAUGCACAAACCUUGUCACUCAAAAUUACCAAACAAGAGCCAUAACAGCUGGACAUCAUGGACUGACUGGUCUCAUUGUUCAUCAUCAUGUGGCUCAGGCCGCCGAAGGAGGUUUCGCAGCUGCUUGCCAAAGGGUAUUGGAUGCCGUGGAAAUGUUACUGAAGAGGAGGAAUGCAUGCACAAAUCUUGUCAGACAGAAGACGUGACACCAAUGAACGGAGAAUGGGACGAAUGGAGCAGCUGGGCACCCUGUUCCACCUCUUGCGGUAACGGCCGACAAAAGAGGGUCCGCAUUUGCCUUCCAAACAGGACUCACUGCGAUGGCAAUCGCAAGGAAGUAAAACACUGCAUGGAACGAAACUGUACUCAAGGAAAAUUUGUCUCCACAGGUGGACGUUGGACACAGUGGACGGAGUGGUCAAACUGUUCAGUUGCUUGUGGCUCGGGUCAACAGAAACGAAGACGUACUUGUCAGCCAGUUGGUCACCAAUGUGAGGGUGACAUCAGCAAUGUGCGAUUGUGUAUGGAAAGAAGCUGCUUUCCAGGUCAGUGGAGUAAAUGGGGCGAUUGGUCCCAGUGUUCAGCUGCAUGUGGUAGAGGACAGAUAACAAAGAAUCGUGCAUGUAUACCCUCCGGUGCUCAGUGCCCUGGCAAAAACACUGAACGCAUGAUCUGUAUGAAAAGGAGCUGUGACAAAGAGAAUGUUCUUAAACCUACCAGUGUUCUUCAGGGGAAAUUCACCAAACUAAAAUGCUGUAGCCAAAAAAAUUGUCACAGAUCAAAAUACAAAUGGUUAAUGCCUGAUGGGAAAUUAAUUGCACCAAGUAAUAGUUCUGGAAACAGAUUCUUUGCGGUCAAUGAGUAUCUAAUCAUAGAAAAGACCCAAAAGAAAGACAGAGGAACUUAUCGCUGUCUGAAGAUCGAUGGUAAUUCUGCAAAAGGAAUUGAACUGCCUUUAGUUGUCCACACUUGUGACAGCAACCCCUGUCUAAACAAAGGCAUCUGUAAAGACACUAUUUUUUCACCUCAUCGACUCUAUAAAACUGUGUGUAAAUGUCCGACUGGUUACCUUGGAAGUGUUUGUCAAAUUGAUAAAACAUCUCCUUUCUCAAGUAAACUAGCGAUAAUCUUGGCAGUAAUCUUGAUUAUCCUGUUUUGUGUUCUCCUUGUGAUAUUACUGGUAUAUUUCUGUUAUCGAAGGGGAAAAUUGAAGAGAUGUUUUGAUAGUAAAAUGAAUGUCUUACUCGAAUUUAACCACGACAGCACUUUCAACCCAAGUGAUGAUAAUUCUAGGUGCCCACCUCAUAAGGGGCUGAACAAAACAGAGUUUUACACGUCUGAAAAAUUUUACCCUGAAAGUAUAAUUCGUACCACAACCAUAGACGCUAUGACAGAGGGAAAAGAGUGGCGAACAGGGGAGAAUCCUACAUCAACCCCGUCUUAGAAAACAACAAUACUUUUUACUUCUUCUCCUGCUUACUAAGAAAUAUUCACUUAUGCAAGAUACUCCUCUUCCUCUGCAAAUCAACCAUAAAAAUCACUCGUUUUGCAUGGUUUGCAUGCUUCUCUGUUUGGUCUUAUUUAAUUCAUGUGUGUUUUUUUAAUUUCCCACAUGAAUCUUUGAUGUUAGCUUACAUCACUUGAAAGAAGCCUCUUAAGCCUUUAUAACAUAUGGGAAACUGCACAACCAAAUGAGAAGGACAGCAUUGUCUCCAGGUAAAAAUAUAUUGAAAACUCCAAAAACAAAACUACCCCAACUUUUAACAAAGAUUAUAUUUUGGUUCUGACUGGCAAUUAAUGAUUGGUCUACAUUAACAGCUGUGAGACAAAUUAAUUUGUGAAUAUUGUCAUCAAUAAAAGCGAAAAAAAAAAAAAAAAAAAAAAAAAAAAAAGAUUAGAGAGAAAAUAGCAAUUAAGCAAUAACAAAUACGCUGCAAUAUAUUGAUCUAAAUACAGAAGAAAGUCAAUCAAUCAAUGAAUCAAUCGAUCGCUCAAUCUGAUCGAUGAAAUUUCACUCUUGUCUCUGAUAAUCCGUGAUAACCAAUAAUCAUCAGAAAACGACAUCGGGGAAGACAUAGAGAUGGAAUAAUAAAUUAAUAACUGAAAGACAGUUUUGUUAAUUAAAAAUUCUUUGAGGAGAAAUUCUUUUUAAAGGCAAUCAAAACCAAACAGACAAAACAAAUAAAUUAAACAAACAAAAACAAAGGAAAAGAAAAUAACCCAAAACAAACAAACGACCAUUCUUGAAAUUCCUUUCCAGGUUCAUCAAUAGAGAUUCAUUAUAUAAUAAAACUGACUGAUAAUA